CUCCUCACCGAGCCGCCGCCCGGCUGCUGGGGGCCAGACCCGCUGAGCCCCGGCCGGACCCCGCCAUGCUGUCCACCCGAGAGCUCGAGAUGGCGGCGGAGGCCCCCGCCGUCCUCUACACCUACUGCAGUCCUCCCCGCGCCCUGCCCGCCCGCCCGAAGUACCGACCGCCGCCGGACCUCGGCGAGCCAGAAAAGGAACUUGUUCGUUAUGCCAACCUCAUGUAUGAGAAGAGAGUGGUGCGCGGCAACACUUACGCCCUUCGAGUCAUACCUGCGAGUCCCCAACCCAGUCCCUUUGAGAUUCAAAGGCAGAGGGAAGCACGGAAAAGAGCACUGGCAAGAAAGCGUGCAAAAGAGCAAGCACAACUAAGAACGCCUGAGCCUGUGGAAGGCAGAGAGCACAUUCAUGUGCAGACAGAACUGUAUUUGGAGGAGAUUAGUGACCAUGUAACAGAAGUUGAUACAGAGUGUCAAACAGAUGCAUUUUUGGACAGACCACCUACUCCGUUCUUCAUACCAGGCAAAACUGGACAAGAUGUGGCCACACAAAUAGAAGAAGGAGAGUUGUUUGACUUUGACAUUGAAGUCAAGCCAAUCCUGCAAGUGUUGGUUGGGAAAACAGUUGAGCAAGCUUUGCUGGAAGUCAUGGAGGAAGAAGAGCUGGCCCAGCUGUUGGCACGUCAGCGUGCCUAUGCAGAGCUGCGUGACGCAGAGCUUGCUGAAGUACACCGUCUGGAAGAGCAGGACAGGCGAUACAGAGAGGAGAAGGAACGUCGCAGACUUCAGCAUGUACAAAUGCUGCAGAAACAGAAAGAAACCACAGAGAAAAUUGCAGCUCGUGCAUUUGCUCAGCAUUAUUUGGCUGAUCUCAUUCCCUCAGUCUUCAACAACCUUCAUGAGAGUGGAUAUUUUUAUGACCCUAUAGAAAGAGAUAUUGAGACAGAAUUCCUUCCAUGGUUGAUGACUGAAGUGGAAGAAACACUGGAGAAAAAGGUUCUGGGGAGGACAGUGCUUGACUCCUUGAUUUGUACAGUGGUUGAAAAACGCUUAGAGGCAUUUAGUCAUAAACCUCAGUCUGAUCAGACAGUGGCACCUGCUGAAGAGCCCAGGCCAGCUGAUGCCCUGCAGGAAGCUAGUGAGGCAGACACUGCUGACCAGCCAGUUGCAGAGGAAGAAGAGACUGACCAAGCUGUUGCUGAGGAGCAGCCUUCAAAUCACAUCCCUUUACAGGCAGAAGAAUCAUAUCAAGCAGAAACAGAGAAUUUGGAAACUGACUAACAAGCAGGCAAGUCAUUAAUUAUAUGGAGAUGAGUAGCUUAGAAAGAAGAAAUUAAUUCCUGUGUUAUACAAGUAUUGUGCUGUUUUCCAUAUGCUGGCAUUGCUGAUUUCUGUCUGUAGGAAUCGAGAGAUUUCUAGUGCAAUGAAUGGCAGUUAAAUUCUGUCCCCUUCUGCACAUUCCAAUCCAUUAAAAAAAUGGGAUGUUUACAGUUGAAAAGUCGUUUUGUCCUCUACCCUGUGAUAGAAGGUAAUGAGGAUGACAUUGAAAGCAUCCUAAUAGCCUUUGCAAGUGCUUUGAUAAUGUUCACAGAACAGAAUUUCCUUACUUUCUGUGUUUUGAAAGGUAGCUGUUUCAGCACUUAAAAUACAUUUCUUGCCACUCAUGUUAAUUUCUCCUUGCAUGACAAACUUGGAUGAGCAGCUCAGCAGGUAAUAGAGUGAAGGCUGUUGUUCCUGAAGCUCUUCGGGUCCAAAGAGUUAUCUGCCACUGAGAGUUUCUGACAGUGCAAAGUAUUCCUCAGCUUCCUGACUCGCAGAGAACUGGUGAGGAGCUAGAGCCACAUGCAAAGUCCAACCUUAGUUUGCUUUGUAUUUGUCCAUUCCUGUUGGUUCACUGAAAAUGGUACCAGACAUGAUUGACAG